AUGUCUUCUCCCAACACUUUCUAUCUUAACCAGUCUGGCCCCACUGAGUUUGUGUUCCGGUUGCUCACCACAUCCCCCAAGAUCCAGGCCCUCCUUUUCUGCUUCUUUCUUCUCCUUUACAUAAUGAUCCUCUGUAGUAACACUGCCAUCAUCUGGGCCACUUACACCCACACCUCCCUACAUACACCUAUGUACUUCUUCCUGUCUAGCCUGUCCUUCGUGGAGAUCUGUUACACAACUACAUUGGUACCGCUGAUGCUCUCCAACAUCAUUGGGGCCAGGAAACCCAUCCCAUUGGCUGGUUGUGCAACCCAGAUGUUCUUUUUUGCCACGCUUGCCAGCACUGACUGUUUCCUAUUGGCUGUCAUGGCAUAUGACCGUUAUGUGGCCAUCUGCCAUCCUCUGCAAUACACCCUCAUCAUGACGCCACAGCUAUGUACUCAAAUGGUGACUGGUUCCCUGGGUCUGGCUCUUUUCCUGUCCCUGCCACUCACAUUAUUGGUCUUUACCCUGCCCUUCUGUGGACGCUUAUUGGAGAUCAACCAUUUCUUCUGUGAGGUACCGCCUGUACUACACCUGGCUUGUGCUGACACUCGUGUGCCACGGGCUGUCCUCUAUGUGAUAAGCAUGAUUGUACUGACUGCCCCCUUCCUGCUCAUCUGCAUUUCCUAUGUCUUUAUUACCAUCACCAUCUUGCACAUCCCCUCAACUGAGGGCCGCCAGCGAGCCUUCUCCACAUGCUCUUCCCAUCUCACCGUGGUCCUGCUACAGUAUGGUUGUGGCAGCCUUGUCUACUUUCGGCCCCCAUCAACCUCCCAUGCAGAUGAGGAUUGGCAUCUUGCCUUGGUCUACACCUGUGUCACUCCCCUCCUCAACCCAAUCAUUUAUACCUUAAGGAACAAGGAUGUCAAAAAUGCUCUGAAAAAAGCCUUGAGCAGAAAGGCAGCCUCUGAGGAUCUCUGA